CCGCAACUCUGGGGGGGUGGGGGCGGAUCAUUUAACCUGUCAAUCAUUUCAGCCAUUUUUCUUCUUAUGCAAACUAGUAAGUCACUGCAGCCCUUUUGAAUCCCCGUGUCACCUGACUCAUUUCGAGGGGCUGCAAGUUCAGUCAGGUGACUAAGGAUAGGCGCUCAGUGCGUAGUCCCUCGGUCGUCGUGAAGGAAGGAGGCUCCCGCGCUCCUCUGAGGAGAAGGGGAAAAAUGGACCAACCGGGCAGUAACGUGCUGCCCACUGACACCCAAGUCCGGGCACGAUCUGCAGAGGGCGCUAGCGAGUCCAGUCCGCUUACCCGUCCCCGAGGCCGGGGCCUGCGCCGUCUGGUUUCGCCUGGCCGCUCGGCCACCCGGAGAAGACGGAGGCAGAGGAGGGAUAGAAGUGGCCUACCAAGCAGUAAGAUGGAGGAUAAUGUCCCGGUGAAGCUCUCGGGGUUCGUGCUGGGUUCCCUCGUUUUCCAGCACCUCAACGCGGACGGCGAUUCGGAAGGUUUUCUUGUUGGGGAAAUGCAAGGUGAAGCCACAAGCAGCAGCAUUACAGACUAUCGAUCAGAUACUCUUGAAGUUGUGAAUGUGAUUGACAUACAAAGAUACAUUCCAUGCUUUCGGGCUUUCAGCUUUUAUAGCUCAUCAGGUGAAGUCAACGAGGAGAUUCUGAAGAAGCUCUGCAGUGAUAAGAAUGUGAUUGGAUGGUACAAAUUCAGAUGCAAUUCAGACCAGAUAAUCACAUUGCGAGAGAAGAUACUCCACAAAAAUUUGCAGCGACUUCUUUUGAAUCCGGGAUUUGUUUUUCUGUUACUAACACCGAACAUCAUCACAGAAAACUGCUCCACUUAUACAAUGGAUUAUGCAUUACAUGUGCUUAAGGAUGGAUUUUUCCAAAGAAUGCCUUUAAUUGUGUCCAACUUAGCUGUGUCAGAGCAGCAGGGAUAUAAGACUGUGCCAGGUGCCUGUACAUCCAUUGGCUUUAGCCAAGCCACCUGCAUACACAGGUCAGAUUUUUUUGAUCAAGAUGGAAAUUUAAGAGACGUACCAAAGAUAAGUCAACUUUGUGCCAGUAUGCAGGAAGAAUUAAAGAAAGCAAGCAUUGAACUAUUUGAAAGUGAGAAAUUAACAGGAAAAUUACUGAAGGAUGUAAAAAGACUAAAAGAAGAAGUUGCAAAAAGAAAGAGAGAAAAACAAGCAUCAGCACUAAGAAGCCGUCACCCGGAAGGAGAAGAGAAUGUCUUACUCUGCCAAGCUUUACGUACAUUUUUCCCAGAUCAGGAAUAUCUUCAUUCAAGUACUCUAACUUUGCAAGGCAAGCAGGUUUCCGUAACACCCUGUACAACUGAGCAUAAGCUCGAUGUUGUGGAUGAGUUAACUCUGAUGGUAGAAAGCUCUGAUGAAGCUCCAGAAGAUGGUAAUGGAGCAAGAGGUGAAGUUAAGCAUGAACCUCUUGAGUUAGGUGAAGAGAAAAUACAAGUGUUAGAAUAUGAACUUAAAGGAGAGGGUGAAGGAGAUGAUCAGGGCAAAGUACUGGCAACCAGUGUUGAGCCAGAUGAAGAGAUUGAGGAUAUUGAAUACCAAAAGUCACCGACUUUCUGAGCUUCAUGCUUUUUUCCCUUAUGCCAACUGGCCUAACGGGAGUGGGGGGGGGGGAAUUACUGUGUGUUAAAAUGUUCGUUAGAUAAGCUCUUGUAAUUUUCUAAAGUGUUGUUGCUUCAUAGAUAAUAUUUUGGAAAACUAUUGCUACAUGGAGAAUAUGGCAUUAUUUUUAUUUUUAGUAAAAGGCUGAAAAGAGUAUGGCAAAGACUGCUGGUCGUGUUCCAAGUUGUUGUUUGUUUUUGUAAAUCAAAGUUUUCGCUGUAAUAUUACAAAGUUUUAUGUGAAAAGUUAAGCCACUUUAAGUGAAAAGAUGAAAUAUAGAGCUCUGUAUGUACAUGAAAUAUCUCUGUCAAAAACCAUCCUAAAAACUGAAGCUUUCUUUUUUGCUUUGGUCUAAGAAAUACAGGCCAAAUGAAUUUCAGAACUCGUCUCCCCGAGUUUUCACUGCAUCCUUUUUUCCUGCUUAGUCAAAGUCUGAACUAGUUAGCAAUCAAACCGUGUCUGUCUGUAUAUAUCUGACUAGAAACUAAGUACCUUGAUGGCAAGCACUUUGGGGGCACAUCUUUGUAGCCCAAUGGUAGUGAUGCACUUAACUAAUGGCUGCUGAAGAAAUGAAUUGUACUUGUUUCUUAAGUCCACCCUGUUGUUUCAAUAAAAGAUGUUAUCCCUUAAAUUCAAAA